CAGGCAGUUUAAGCUAAGGGGGAAAAAGAAAAACCAGUUCUUCAGCUUAGAACAAAAAGAAAAAAACAGAGGUUUGUCCGUUGGGUGGUAGGGGGCUAACCCCACAGUCUGAAAUUUGAAAAUUUUCGCUAAAUAAUUGAAGAUCUGCUGUGCGAAUUGAUAAAUACUAGACAGUGAUGACGGAGGUGGAGACGGCGUCGGCGGCAGCGACGGGGAUAGCCAUGGCGACCGAGAAGGCGGCUAAAGAACUGAGUCCCGAAGAAGAGAGGGUUUUAAUUAGAGACAUUGCCCUUACUGCUGAAGCUAACACCAAAGAAGGCGAUUCUUUUUUCCUCAUCACUCAAAAAUGGUGGCAACACUGGAUUGAUUAUGUGAACCAGGAUCAGCAGCCUAACAACAGCAACAACAAUGAAGGAAGCUCUUCUGUGUCAGGGAACUCAGAUUCAAAUGGUGUGGGUAAUUCAAAAAGGCCUUCUGGAAUUGAUAAUUCUGAUUUAAUAUCUGAUGGGCCGGCGGAGGACGCGAACUCUGAUGAUGGUGUGGAGAUUCAUGAUACUUUAUUAGAAGGCCGUGACUAUGUUUUGCUCCCUCAACAAGUUUGGAACCUACUUUAUUCAUGGUAUGGUGGUGGUCCAGCAUUGUCACGAAAAGUAAUUAAUUCAGGUCUUUCUCAGACAGAGUUUGCUGUGGAGGUUUAUCCACUGCGUUUGCAGCUUCUUGUGACACCGAAAGGCGAUCGCUCUACUAUAAGAAUAAGUAAGAAGGAAACCAUAGGUGAGCUUCACCGACGAGCCUGUGAGAUUUUUCAUCUCAACUUGGAGCAAGUAAUUUCAGAUGUUUGUAUUUGGGACUAUUACGGUCAUCGGAAGCAUGCUUUGAUGAAUGACAUGGAUAAAACUCUUGAUGAUGCCAACAUACAGAUGGAUCAGGAUAUUCUGGUCGAGGUUCUUAACAAUGUUAAUGAUACUGUAGUCACCGAUGGUACAAGUAUUAUAGACAACGGAUUUGCAGAUAAGGAAGCCACUUCUGUUCUUCUAGAGCCGUCUAAAUCAAGCUUAUCGAUUGCAGGAGGUCUGUCUGCAAACAAGAUUGCAUCCAAAGGCUAUAGUGCAGAGCAAUUGCAAAAUCAAACCUUGGGUUAUCCUAGUAAAGAAUCGGAUAACAAUUUUGGGAACAGUGGUGUUAGUACUAGGGGCACUUUUGGUGGUUUAACUGGGCUGUUGAAUCUUGGGAAUACUUGCUUCAUGAAUAGUGCAAUACAGUGCCUUGUUCAUACACCAGAGUUUGCUAGAUACUUUCGGGAAGACUAUCAUCAGGAGAUAAAUUGGCAAAACCCUUUGGGCAUGGUUGGUGAACUUGCUCUAGCAUUUGGUGAGUUGCUAAGAAAGCUGUGGGCACCUGGGCGAACUCCAGUUGCCCCUCGGCCUUUUAAAGCAAAGCUUGCCCGCUUUGCCCCACAAUUUAGUGGAUACAAUCAACAUGACUCUCAGGAGCUUUUAGCAUUUCUGCUUGAUGGUCUUCAUGAAGAUCUGAACCGUGUCAAACACAAACCUUAUGUAAACUCUAGAGAUGCAGAUGGCCGCCCAGAUGAAGAAGUUGCUGAUGAGUAUUGGGCAAAUCAUAUUGCUCGUAAUGAUUCGAUAAUUGUUGAUGUGUGCCAGGGUCAAUACAAAUCAACACUUGUUUGUCCAGUGUGCAAUAAAGUUUCUGUAACAUUUGAUCCCUUCAUGUACCUUUCCUUGCCACUGCAAUUCGCCACUACUCGGUCUAUGACAAUAACAAUUUUUACUUGUGAUGGAAGUGCUCUACCAUCAACAUGCACCGUAACUGUUCCGAAGCAGGGGCGUUACAGGGACCUGAUCCAAGCAGUUAGCAAUGCUUGUUCCUUGAAGCAGACUGAGGAGAUUAAGCUUGUUGAGAUACGGAAUCAUUUGAUUCAUAGGUUUUUAGAUGAUUCUUUUGUAUCAUUGUCCACAAUCAAAGAUGAUGAUCAUCUUGCUGCAUACAAGAUUCAAAAGUCUGCAAAGGGCAAUGUUUUGCUUCAGUUGAUACAUCGCCGUCAAGAACAGGAAACUAGUGAUGCUCAAAGAUGGAAACCUUUUGGAACUCCUCUUGUUUCAUCUCUCUCGUGUGAUGAUGUAAUUAGAAGUGGUGUUAUUCAGACAAUUGUUCAGACAAUGCUUACACCGCUGCUGAAAGAGGGUAUAGAAUAUUCUGAUGAUUCAGAUCCAAGCACCUCGGGGAUGGCAAGGGAUCCAUCUGAUCAUGGUUCUGGUAAAGUGGAUACUAACUGUGCAUCAACUUCUAUAAAUAAGGUCUUACCAAAACUACCACUUCAGUUGGUCGAUGAAAGUAAGACAUGUAUUGACCUGUCUGCGGGAGACGAGAAAGCUAUUAAUCUGUCAGCUAUGUCACAUGUAGUUGUGUAUCUUGAUUGGAAAUCAAAGCUUUUGGAGAAGUACAAUAUAAAUUAUCUUGAAAACUUGCCCGAGGUCUUUAAAUAUGGGCCUAUUACCAAGAAAGCUCGUACUGAACCUCUUUCUUUGUAUACUUGCCUGGAGGCCUUUUUACGAGAGGAGCCAUUGGUUCCAGAAGAUAUGUGGUACUGCCCUCAAUGCAAGGAACAACGACAAGCGAGUAAAAAGCUUGACCUGUGGAGGCUUCCUGAGGUUCUAGUUAUUCAUCUAAAAAGAUUCUCAUAUAGCCGGUCAAUGAAGCAUAAAGUAGAAACUUUUGUCAACUUUCCUAUUCAUGAUUUUGACUUAACAAAUUAUGUAGCUGACAAGAGGAGUUCCCGUUCUCAGCUCUACGAACUCUACGCCUUGACCAACCAUUAUGGUGGCAUGGGCAGUGGCCACUACACCGCGCACAUCAAACUUCUAGAUGAGAAUAAGUGGUACAACUUUGAUGACAGCCAUAUAUCACCUAUAAAUGAAGAAGAUGUAAAGUCAGCUGCUGCAUAUGUCCUGUUUUAUCGAAGGGCAAAGUCCGAUACCUCAGGUACCAGUUCUGCAGGGUCUCGUAGAGCUCGGGAUAAAACAUCUUAUAAGCAUUGAAGUGAAGGUACAUGCCUAAACCAUUCGCUGCCAUGCAUGUAAGUUCACGACUGUAGAGUGCUAAAGCAACAAAGGGUGUUGUGUCUUUGCAAAAUAUUAAUUUAGUGACCUGUUCAAUGUGCUGCUUUACUUCAAUCGCUAACCUAUUGCCUGGACAAAAAUAUUGUGUCAAGAGUAAUAUUAGAUCGAAAAUGAGACAUACUCAGAUUCGGCUUAGUCAUUGUCAAGUCAAAACUCAAGCAUGAGUGGUGAGUUAUUGAGCAUCUUAACACCCGGCUCAAGUGGCUUGCCAACCUAAUCGAGUAUUUUUAAUAUGUAUUUUUACUAUUUUUAGUAAUGAAAAAUCUCAAUUCAAAUA